AUGGCGCGUCUGCACACCCACUGGAAAUAUGCCUGGAGUGAAAAUCCUGACAAGAUGUGUCCCAUCAGGCCAAUCCGGCUGCCUCCGCCAGUGCCCUUGAUCCCGGUGGCACAAAGACCCCUUUCCCAGCAGGAUUGGUUCCACGGCCCCCUUACCCGGCAAGAAACGCAGACCCUGCUCUCAGGAGAAGGAGACUUUUUGUUGAGGGAAAGCCAAGGCCAGCCGGGAAGAUACGUUCUGUCCGUGAUGAAUCAAGGACAAUGCAAACAUUUUAUCAUCCAGUGCUUGAAGGGCAGAUACCACUUUGAGCCAACUGGCCCCAGUUUCUUGAGUAUCCCUCAGCUGAUUCACCACCACUUAAAAACGCACCAAGGUCUCACCGAAAGAUCCCCAGCACUGUUGCGCAAUCCUGUUGUGAGGGUGAAAUGGAACCUUAGCCACAAUGACGUGAUUUUGGGUGAGCUACUGGGCAGUGGGAAUUUUGGGGAGGUAUACAGUGGCCGCCUGUCCUAUGACAACACACCUGUGGCUGUGAAGACCUGCAGAGAACACCUUGCUCCAGAAACAAAGGAAAAGUUUCUCAUGGAAGCCAGGAUCCUGAGGCAGUACCGCCACCCAAAUAUCGUCCGCAUCCUUGGCAUCUGUGCGCAGAAGCAGCCCAUCCUUAUCGUCAUGGAACUGGUGUCUGGAGGGGAUUUCUUGUCUUUCCUGCAGUUAGAAGGGAGCCGGCUCUGGGUGCGAGAUCUCGUCCGUUUUGCGAUCCAAGCUGCAGCAGGCAUGGCCUACCUGGAGAGCCACUGCUGCAUCCACAGAGACCUGGCAGCCCGGAACUGUCUUGUGGGGGAAGGCAGUACCCUCAAGAUCAGCGACUUUGGUAUGUCCCGGCAAGAGGAGAAUGGCAUCUACUCGUCCAAGGAAGGCCUGAAACACAUCCCAAUCAAAUGGACUGCACCCGAGGCUUUGAAAUAUGGCCGGUAUUCCACUGAGAGUGAUGUAUGGAGUUACGGCAUUCUCUUAUGGGAGAUCUUCAGUUUAGGGAGCACUCCGUACCAUAGGAUGUCUAAUCAGCAAGUGAUCGGCCAGGUGGAAAGAGGCUUUCGGAUGCGAGCCCCAAAACGUUGCCCUAUGGACAUCUAUGAUCUGAUGUUGCGGUGCUGGGAUCGUAAUCCCCGUGGGCGCCCAACAUUCUCUGCCGUCUACAAGGAGCUGUUGCAGUUUCACUGGGAUUCUGAUGUCUGA